AUGCAAAACAGAACAACCAUUUUCUUAGCUAUCAUUAUCGUGAUAAUUGCACUCUCGUAUAAUUCUGUUUAUGAUUAUCUUUCUUUUUCCGGGUUGUUUAGUGAAAAACCAAGAGCCUAUUCUGGUGACAGGUGUAGAAAAAUAGAAGAAAAAGGUCUAGAAGCUUGUGAAGAUAUUGUAAUUCAUCAUGAAAGUGGAUAUGCUUUUAUGGCUUGUGGCAAUUCGGAACUUAGAAGAACUCAUUGGUAUCCACCAUCUGGAGUUUUUAAAAAUCAGAGUAUUCAAUAUAGAGAACAAGUCUUCGUCUACAAAAUUGAUUCAGAACUUUUGUUACCACUCAGUUUUAAAAAUUAUCCUGAUAAUGAGGAUGUGGUUCUUCACGGAUUAGGAAUUUAUCAAGACCCAGCUCAUCGUAACAUUUUAUACAUAUUUCUGAUUAAUCAUAAACGAUCAGGAAGCGUGAUUGAGAUUUUUAAUCAUAGAAUUGGGUCACAAGAAUUACAACAUUUGGAAACCAUCAAAGUUGCAGAUAAAAUUAGUUAUCCUAAUGGAAUAAACGGUAAUUGGGACAAUUCACGUAUUUAUCUGGGAACUUCUACAGGUGGUAAAUUGUUUAUAUAUGAACGAAAACAUGACAACAAACUCAAAUUAUUGGACACUGUUAAAACUGAUGCUACGGAUAAUGUUAGUGUUGAUGAUAUUACUGGUGAAAUUUAUUUGGCUACAUUCCCAAAGCUUAUACCAGUCGCCAUGUUCUUAAAGGAUUAUGGUGAAACACACGUACCAAGUGCAAUCGUAAAAAUUAGUAAUAAUACAAAUGAAGAUAAAUUCUACGGCGUAAAAUACUCUAAAGAAAUUGUGUAUCAAGAUGAUGGAAGCUUUUUUAAUCACGUUACAGUGGCAGCUGUUGACAGAAAAAGAAAUGUUAUGCUAUUAGGUUCUUUUAUUAGUAAAGGAAUUGUAAGAUGCGAAUUGGAGUAUGAGCUUGCCAAGUAA